GGGUCGACGAGAAUCGGGUUGUCCUCUGAAGGACCUCGCUCGAGACAUCAGGCCCAGGUGCGCUCUCUGUUCAACAGGAUCAGGAGUUUGCGCGUCCUGGGCCUUGAACCAUGCUCUCCCUAUAGUUGGAAAUGCGAAGCAUUGCUCGUUGGCACUUCGAAAAUUUGGAUGUUCUGGUGUCCGUAUUUGUGAGAAAACAGUCCCAACUAUUAGGGCUAUCACCACACGGAAGUAACCGAAGACCCUUGUCUAGCUUUUGAGCUAGCCCGGCGUGAAACAGCUGAUCCUGAGGGACCAUUUCACCGGAAAUGAGAUGAGGACUCCUGGCUGCUUUGUCAAGAGCUGUCACCACUAAUUGCUCGCCCACAAAAGGAUGCCAUGACAUCUGCUGCGGGAUACUUCGAUAUCGCAUCCUGUAGAAUUCGACCGAUUCUCACUUCCUCGCAUCAUCACCAUGGCCUACCAACCAAGUAGGCAAAACCACCAGGUCCGAUUGAGCCUAAACCUGCCAGGUGAACGUACCGACUUCAAUUUGGGCCUUGAAUCCCAAAAAGAAUUCCACAUCACUGGAAACGAGAGAGGGCUCCAAGAACGAUAUGUCCAACAUGUGAGCAUCAUGCUGGGACCAAUCUUCGACAGUUAAUUUAAUGACAUGGCAUUGCUGUUUUACACACUUAUCAAUUCCUAAUGCCAUCCUGUAUCCAAAAUGGUUGACGGAAUGGAUAUCAAAGGACUAUCAAUACCUAAAUAUGCCUGCAAGUCUUGCACAGUGGCUAAUGUAGUGGUCUAUGAGGGACAUGUCACCCUAUCUCCAGUUAAGCAACGUGGAGAAUGUACCUUUAUUGAUAUUGGAGGAGGAUAUUAGGAUAUGCCUGACAAUCUUGUCUCUGGC